AUGGCAUCCGAACCAAUGUCAAUAGAGAGCUCAGCCCAAGAUCCCCCUCCAGUGCCCGACGUGACCUCGCAGGAGCCAAAGUACGGCGGCCACACACGUUUCGAGCUGGAAUUGGAGUUUGUCCAAGCCCUAGGGAACCCAGAAUAUGUUAACUACCUGGCCUCCCGGAAAUUCCUCCAAAAUCCCGCCUUCGUUGCGUACCUCGAUUACUUGCAAUACUGGACGCGCCCGCCAUAUCUCCAGUAUAUCACAUAUCCUACUUCGUGUCUGAAGAUGCUAGAGCUUCUUCAAGUCGAGCGCUUCAGAAAGGAUAUCCUGUCGCCGAACUUGACGCAUGCGCUGGUUACCGAGGGAAUGAAGGCUGCGGUGGAGUGGCAUCGCGAGUCGUUGAGCUGA